AACUAUGAAUCUCUUCCCUACAAAACCCCCUCUUCCCACCUCAACACGAACAACACCACCAAUCCCAUUCCAACUUUUAUAUGUUCAUCAUCACCAAACCAAAACCCCCAAUUUCUAAAACCCUAAUCUCUUCUCUCCUCCACAUCAAACUAUCACACGCCGGCAACCCCCACCACACCCCAUCACCCCUCUCACUCCUCAAAAACCCAUCAAUUUUCUCCAUCAAUAACCUCCUUAGAUCCUUCACCAACACCCAUUCACCCCACAAAACCCUCAGUUUUUACUCUUUCAUCCGUAAAAACAAUAAUUUCAAACCCAAUAAUUAUACAUUUACGUUUCUGCUUCAAGCAUGUACUAAGUUUAAUAAUAUUGUUGCUGGGUUUCUGGUUCAUGGUCAUGUUAUUAAGCUCGGUUUUUAUGGAGAUGUGUUUGUUGGAAACAGUUUGGUUAAUUUGUACUUUGUUUUUGGUGAGGAGAAAUGUGCGCGCCAGGUGUUUGAUGAAAUGUCUAGGCGAGAUUUGGUUACGUGGAAUGUGGUUAUUGCUGGGUGGGUUAAGUUGGGGCGUGUGGCGGAUGCGCGCAAGGUGUUUAAUGAAAUGCCUGAGAGAGAUGCGGUGUCGUGGAGUUCGUUGAUAACGGGGUAUGUGAGAAAUGGGUUGUUGGAGGAAGGGGUAGAGUUGUUUGAGAGGAUGGUGGAGGUUGGAGUGGUGCCGAAUGAGGCGGGGUUGGUGAUGGUUUUUUCAGCGUGUGCGCAGUUGGGGUUGGUUGAGAAUGCGGUAAGAAUUCAUUCGAUUGUAGAUGCGUUAAGUUGCCGUAUGACGGUUCAUGUUUGGACUGGACUUGUUGACAUGUAUGCGAAGUGUGGGUGCAUUGAUAAAGCUCGCGAGUUGUUUGAUAAAAUGCCGGAGAAAGAUGUUUCGUCGUGGAAUGUGAUGAUAUGUGGACUUGCUACACAUGGGUUAGGGAUGGAAGCCAUUAAACUUUUUGAGAAAUUCUUGAUUGAAGGACACACACCCGUCAAUGUGACAUUCAUAGGCGUGUUGAGUGCGUGUAGCAAAGCAGGAUUAGUCGACGAGGGUUAUCUUUAUUUCAAGUUAAUGACCGAAAAAUAUGGAAUUUUCCCGGAAAUGGAGCAUUACGGGUGCAUGGUUGAUCUUUUGAGUCGUGCGGGAUUGGUGACCGACGCUAUUGAAUUUGUCGAACAAAUGCCAAUUGAACCCGACCCUGUUUUAUGGGUCACUAUUCUUGGUGCUUGCAGGACACAUGGGUUAGUAGAACUUGGUGAAAAAACUGGUCAAAAACUAAUCGCGUUAGAUCCAACUCGCCAUGGAAAUUACGUACAGUUAUCUAGUAUUUACGCAAGAUCAAACAAAUGGGAAGAAGUAGUAAGAACACGAGGGCUGAUAACCAGUCAAAAUUCCAAAAAGGUUCCAGGAUGGAGUUUGAUCGAGGCGCAGGGGAAGAUCCAUCGGUUUGUUGCUGGAGAUCGACAACAUGAUCGAACGUUGGAGAUUUACAUGAUGCUUGAUAAGAUGAAUGCUAGGAUUGCAGAGGCUGGUUACUCGCCUAAUGUGUGUCCAGUUUUGCAUGAUGUAGAGGAGGAAGAGAAGGUUAAUGCGGUUAAAGAGCAUAGCGAGAGGUUAGCGAUUGCGUUUGGUUUGCUGGUGACAGAGGCUGGUGAAUGCAUCCGCGUGGUGAAGAAUUUACGGGUUUGUGGGGAUUGUCAUGAGAUGACCAAGAUUACAUCAAUGGUGUUUGAAAGAGAGAUUGUAGUGAGAGAUGGGUGCAGAUUUCAUCAUUUUCGAGGAGGCGAAUGUUCCUGCGGGGAUUAUUGGUAAUGUAAGAUUAGGAAUUUGGUUUGUGUUUAUUUUCGAAAAUUUGACUGACAUUACAUGUGAAUGAUGCUAUAGCUUUUCCCAUUUAUCAACUAACAUUUAAUAAAACGAUUCAGUUUUUAUUACAA